CAACAUCAUAGAGGUCUCCACUAACCCCAGGCCACACCUCUUCCAUCAUCUCCUCUUACGCUCCUCUCGUUCUUCUUCUCCUUCUUCUUCGAUCGAAGACUCUUUCGCGAUCCAGCGGACACGACAUAGUUCCUCUUAUCUUAUCCAUCUGACUUCCUUCUUAAUUGAAGACAGUAACUACAAAUUCCAAAUCGAAUUUGGUUCCCCAACAGAGAAAGAGAGAGAAAAGCUUCUUGUAAAAGCUCUCUGUUUUUUGGUAGAAGCUCUCUCGAAUCCAGACAUUAUCAGGUCUUCUUAGAAGGCGGAUUCGAUUCCCAUACAUAUUCAUUCAUUCCCAAUCCGUUCCACAGGAUUCAGAAUCUUCUCUUCCGAGUGGAGAAUCUCUCUUGAUUGCAUUGAGAAUUUUAGAUGGCGUCGCCUCUGAUCUUGAAUCCCGAAACGAAUACCGAGAGAUCUCGAGAGUCCAAAAAGAAGAGGAAGAAGAAACCUUCAAAUCCAAGCCAAAACCAGAAUCAGAACCAGACGAGAUGGAGGUCGCCAGCCGAACAACAGAAUUAUUCUUCCAAACUCAUCGAAGCUCUGCGCCAAGUUCGCCGGAAUCCUUCACCUUCACCCUUGGGAACAGUGGCAUCUUCUUCUUCUUCCUCUUCAUCUUCUACUACUUCUGAUUCUCCUUGUCCAGCAGAAUCAUCAAUCCCGCGCGGAGGCCGUGCCGUAAGAGAAGCAGCCGACAGAGCCUUAGCCGUAGCAGCCAAGGGAAGAACGAGAUGGAGCCGAGCGAUCCUGACGAACAGGCUUAAAUUGAAGUUCAAGAAGAGGAAACAGAGACUACCUAUUUCCGACAACUGUAGAUCCAAGAGACGACGGGAGAUCAGCAUCCUCGCCUUGAAGAAAGACAAGAAGUUACCGACGGUUCAACGAAAGGUUCGUGUCCUUGGAAGCUUAGUCCCAGGCUGCCGGAAACUCCCCUUCCCUGACCUCCUCGAAGAAGCCACAGAUUACAUAGCUGCCUUGGAGAUGCAGGUCAGAGCCAUGACCACUCUCACCCAACUUCUCUCCGU